AUGGAUCAACUCACCAAAAGUGGAAGUCUGCAGUAUUGCACUCUCACCUCGACCGUCUACGUGAACGGUGAGUGGGUCACCAGCAUCGGUGAGGGCGGCAGUUUUGGGGAGCUGGCCCUCAUCUACGGGACUCCCCGCGCCGCCACCGUCAAGGCCAAGACCGACCUCAAGCUGUGGGGCAUCGACCGCGACAGCUACCGCCGCAUCCUCAUGGGAAGUACCCUGAGGAAGAGGAAGAUGUACGAAGAGUUCCUGAGCAAGGUGUCCAUCCUUGAGUCUCUGGAGAAGUGGGAGCGCCUGACGGUGGCUGAUGCUCUGGAGCCGGUGCAGUUUGAAGACGGCCAGAAGAUCGUGGUGCAAGGAGAUCCAGGAGACGACUUCUUCAUCAUCACAGAGGGCACAGCCUCAGUGUUGCAGCGGCGCUCUGAUAAUGAGGAGUAUGUUGAGGUGGGGCGCCUCGGCCCCUCAGACUACUUUGGUGAGAUAGCUCUGCUGUUGAACCGACCGAGGGCUGCCACAGUGGUGGCCCGCGGGCCCCUCAAGUGCGUGAAGCUGGACCGGCCGCGCUGCGAGCGUGUCCUGGGCCCCUGCUCCGAGAUCCUCAAGAGGAACAUCCAGAGAUACAACAGCUUCAUCUCCCUCACUGUCUGAGGGAGGAGGAGGAGGAGGAAGAGGAGCAGCCCG